UCUACACUGAUGCACAUAAACAAAGGGAGGGAAGGAAAGCAAGAAAAAAAAAGUGGGGGAAGAGAGAAAAGCUCAUAUGCUUUUGUGUCUCCUCCACAAACAGUGAAGUCCAGGCAUAGAUUCUAUCGGUAUUAGAAAUCGAGAGACCCUCUUAGUUGGGGGGUCUCAUUCAUGCAUGAUGUGCUUUGAUUUAUGGUGGAUUCUCUGCUCAUAAAGAUUUCCUGCUUUCCCCCCCUUUCUUUCUCUCUCCUUCUAGUGGACGCCUUUCUCUUUCUGGGCUUCUAGGUGGUUCCGGGCACAGCUUAUAGCUGGUGAACUCUUCUUAAUCAUUGUUGCAAUAGGCGGGCCCUGUUGGCGCAGUUCUUCGGGCAGUCGAGAUGAGUUUUACUAGCCAUUCUGCGGGUUCUGGUAGUAGAGCUGCUAGAAGGACAUUCGAGUUUGGGAGGACCCACGUGGUCAGACCCAAAGGAAAACACCAGGCAACUAUAGUUUGGCUACAUGGUCUUGGUGAUAAUGGCUCAAGCUGGUCCCAGCUCCUGGAAACACUUCCUCUUCCAAAUAUUAAAUGGAUAUGCCCAACAGCUCCUACUCGACCAGUAGCGAUCUUUGGUGGUUUUCCUUGUACUGCAUGGUUUGAUGUGGGAGACCUUUCAGAAGAUGGUCCUGAUGAUGUGGAGGGUUUAGAUGCUUCUGCAGCACAUGUUGCAAACCUGUUGUCAACAGAACCUGCUGAUAUUAAAGUUGGUAUUGGGGGGUUUAGUAUGGGUGCUGCAACUGCCCUCUAUUCUGCAACUUGCUGUGCUCAAGGGAAGUAUGGGACUGGCAACCCAUACACUGUCAACCUAAGUGCAGUUGUUGGUCUAAGUGGCUGGCUUCCGUGUUCAAGGAGUUUGAAGAACAAGUUGGAAGGGUCAAAUGAAGCUGUUAGGCGUGCCACAUCUUUGCCCCUUCUAUUAUGUCAUGGCAGAGCCGAUGAUGUAGUCCUUUAUAAGCAUGGAGAGAAAUCUGCAGAAGUGUUAAGUUCAUCCGGAUUUCGUAAUCUUACCUUUAGAACCUACAAUGCGCUUGGCCACUAUACGGUCCCAGAAGAGAUGGAUGAGGUCUGCAAUUGGCUUACUGCAAGGCUGGGGCUAGAGGGGUCCCGCCCGUAAUCAUACCGCCAUUUUAAUUUUCAAAUAAUAGCUUAAUUACAAGAAGUGUUAAGAGGGUGCCGGGAAAUGAUAUUAUUAUCUAUCUGUAAUGAAUAGAAAGUGAGCAGUUAGGAGUAGAUGUGGGUGUGGAGUAUAUGGUAUAGUGGCAUCAAUCUAGUUCUUCCCUUUUGCUCUUUUUUGCCUUUCUUAAAAGGAACUUUUGAAUAUGCUCCUCUCUUAUUUAGGAGUAGAUUUUGGCACCUAAAUGGAUUGGUAAUGGCGCAGAAGAAGCAUCCAAAGUUUUUCAUAUGGUACUCGGAAUUCUUUUAUCAAACCUAAUGUGCUAAAUCCCUUGGCAUCAAAGUGUUUGUUCUAAUUA